CCCGGUGCCUGGAGAAGCCGCGGACCGUCCCCUUCCACCUCGCUCUCCUCUCCCCGGUGGGUCUGGGAGCUCGUUCUCAUGGCAGUCACGUCCGGCAGUGGGAGCGUCGCUGGGGCUUCAUCGAGUGAUGAGAGAACAGACGUCAAAACGGCCUUAUGAAUAUUGAUGCGGAGGCAAGUCUGCUUUCGUAAAGGAGCAGAAGGAAGCAAGAUGGCUGCCCUUUAGGAUUGGAUCGAAGGCAGACCAGAUUGCUUUGGCUGGAGUCGGCGAGGCGGAGGGACUGCCGAAGGAGAUCCAGUAAGAGGAGAACCUUGUGGAUGGCCCUAGAGUAAGCCAGAUGGAACAAGAUAGAACUAAUCAUGAUGAAGGCAAUGGUUUAAAUCCUUUUUUAAUUCCACAUCCUUCUCAUGUUUGCCAAGCAGAGCCUUUGUCAGUGAAGCUGCAGAAUGGAAACCCAUCAGCAGAAAAGAUCUACAAUGAAUUGAAUGGCAACCAUACGUGGCUGCAUGGGAAGGCCAAUUAUGGAGUGAAGCACACUGCAAAAAGGAAUGAAAGUAGUCGAAUAAGCCCUGACCUCCUUCAGCAAAAGAAACACUGCAGUGGGUAUUUGCAAAAUGGUGGGAUAAAACGCACUUUUAGCGAGCCUUCCUUAUAUGGGCUUCACCAGAACAAGAAGCUUAAACAAGAUGAAGAAGCAAAAAGAAGUCAAGAGAGCUCAUUCACUGUCAGCAACCAAGCAGGUGCUUCUAAUUCAUGCAGUGAGAAGAAUGCUGUGGGUUUUGGAAUAGAACAAAAUACAGCUUCAGUUCUUACAAAGUCUUUAAGAUGCAACUCUGGUGCUUCAGAAUCUCCUCCUGUUCCCCAGAUUCAGAAUGAACAGGGGGGUGAAAAUAUUAACUGCCACAACAGGAACAUUGUCUUGGCAUAUAAGAACAAGGCAGUUCCAAUGCCUAAUGGUGCUAUAGUUUCUGCCUCUUCUACGGAAAACAUGCAUGGUGAAUUCCUGGAAAAAACAUUGUCUCAGUAUAAUCCAGAACAUGUUUUCACUGGAAUGCAGACAACUACAUCUCUUACAAAUGCCAUAAACACACGGGCUAUUAACGUGUUGGCAUAUGGCUCAUCACAUUUAUUGCAUACCUCAGGGCAGAUAAGUUCCCCUCAAACCUCAAACUCUGAGCUGCCUCAGGUGCUAGCUUCGGUAGCUACUAAGGUCCACAAUAUAGAAAACUCCAGUACAGGAUCCAUUUUACAAGCAAGCUCCACUUUUCAGAAUCCAGAAGUAAUGAAUUUGGAGCAGCAACGGUCAGAAAGUACCUAUCAGUCACCUACAGACAACCAUGAAGUUCCAGGAAACUCAGGGCAGGUUCUCAGUCAGGAUUUCUCACUCAAUCCUAACAACAGUCUGAACACUCAUAACAAUAGCUCAGAGAUUUUGUCAGAGCCAAGAGAAGAAACAGGUGCUUCCUUCCAAAAAGAUGCCAUGUUCAGGAAUGAUUCUUUUAAUCUACCCCCUGUUGCACCACCUUCUCCAGUGCGGGAAAUAAGCAAUGUGGUCUCCACAGAGGCUUCAGAAGAGCCCGGUAAUGUUUCUAAUUUGAAAGAAGAAAAUAACGGAUGGCAAGCACAUCAUCCGGGGGAACAUGCAACACAAUUUUCUGGCUUUUGCCAACAAGCUUUUAGUUCUCAACAGGGUCAUAAAUACAAGAUUCAGGUUUCACAAGCAGCUGGGAGUGAAACAGAUGUGACACUCAGUACGGUGACAUUGGGUAUAAGGCAGCAAUAUCCCAGUGAAAUUCAGUCCAAACUGGAGUCUAAAGUUCAGGAUCCACAAAGAUUAGGAAUCAGUAGAGAAUUGCAACAUUUUCCACAUCUUCUGAGCCAGAUCAAUCAGCAAACUACUCCUGAUAAUAAAAAAGAUCUGGUGAAAGAUCAUUUGCAGCAGUCACAAGGCCAUUCACAAGCUUCUUGGAUGAGAAUGACUUCCCCUCACUUUCACCCCAAUGAUUCUUCCCCCAAAUCAAAUGAGUUACUUUUGAAGACCAUACUCCAGGCAAAUUCAACAGAGCAGACUCACCCAAAACAAUGUCUUAGAAGCUCCAAUGAAUCAAAAGGAGUUACAGGGCAAUCUUGCUACCAGAACAUUACACAGAAUGAGCAAAUACCAGCACUGUUCAAGGGUGAGGCAGCACAACUGCCUCAUCAUUUGACUCCUGAUUUGCAAAUCCCAUUCCAAAAGCACUCACCACAAUCCAAAAAGAUGGAUGAUCAGCAAAAUUCAAGGCACUUUUACUUUCAACCACAAGCUGAACUCCACCUUGAACAGACUUUGGAGGCACAGUUAAAGUCUCAGCACUUAGAUCUUCCACCACUUGAGAAUGAACAAUUCAUACAGUCACAUAUUUUGCCACCAAUACUCCAGACUCAGCCAGUACAACCACCACAGAGUUCACAGGUAACAGUGAACUCCCCACAACAAACAAAAAUCACGAAAUUGCCCCAACUCUUUCCCCAGUCAAACAGUAGUCGAGAACAGCAAGGGGAAGGAACAUCAUUAAAUCAUCUUAAAUUAGAAGAGUGCUUUGAAAUAGCAAGUAAUUACUUCAGAUCAGCUGAGUUCCCAGUACAAAUUGCCCAGACCAGAGCAGACCAUAUUUCAAAUAUAACCAGCAAAGAGUCCCUUUAUAAUCAGGCUUUUAAAGGAAAUAAUGUAAUGAAGCAUUCCUGCUCAAACAACGUGCACUUGGUUUCUGAGAAAAAGGAAGAUCUCGUAAACACAGAGCUCUUAACUCAAAAUAUAACUCAUGACUUACAGCACAUGCAAUAUUACCCAAAUAGUGUAACUCCUAAAGAAGAUCUGCCACAGAGCUUUCAGGAACAAAAACCUCCAUCUCCACCAACUUCAUUUCUACAGCUGGCCUUCCAGCAAACGCAGGAAUAUUCUAACUUGACUACCAAUGUGGGUAACUCACAAGCUAUUCAGGUUCAACAAAGAUACUCACCCUAUAAUCAGCAAGCAGCAUCCCAUGCAAUAGAUCCAAGCCAUGGCCACUAUCUUCCCUCUCAACCCCACAGAGAUUUUCAAAAGCAUGCUGCUAUCAGAUGGCAUAUCUUGAACAAGCAACAAGUUAACCAAAAUAAAUCUGAGUCAUAUCAAACUAUGGGCUUCAAAUCUAUCAAAGCUGAAACUGGCUCAAAGGUGAAUGCCUGCCUUCCUUCACUGGCUGGACAGUUGGAAAACAAAGCAUGGAAGAAAGCAAUUAAACAAGAGGUUCAGCAUUUUGGUUAUGAGAACAUGCAACAAAAGAGUAUCAUUGAAACCAUGGAGCAGCAGUUGAAACAGAUUCAGGUCAAAACACCCUUUGAUCAUAAGUCCCUUACUAUCAAAUCACCCAAACAUGUGAAAAUUGAGGCUGCAGGGCCCAUUACCAUUCUGACAAGGAAUUCUAACAGUGCAGACUUCAACAGUCAUGCCAUCUCUUUAGAUCAACAUACCAUCCAUUCUAAUGAAAAAACACCAACCAAAAGAACUUCUGGAACAGCCCUCAAUAAUUUCUUAGAGUCGCCUUCUAAGUUACUAGAUACACCUGUAAAAAACUUGCUGGAUACACCUGUCAAAACUCAGUAUGAUUUCCCUUCAUGCAGCUGUGUUGAACAGAUAAUUGAAAAAGACGAAGGCCCUUUCUAUACUCAUCUAGGAGCUGGUCCUAAUGUCGCUGCUAUUAGAGAAAUAAUGGAAGAACGAUAUGGACAAAAGGGCAAAGCCAUAAGAAUAGAGAAGAUUGUCUACACGGGAAAAGAAGGCAGAAGUGUUCAAGGAUGUCCUAUAGCUAAAUGGGUGAUUCGUCGAAGUGGAACUGAAGAAAAACUUCUUUGCUUAGUGCGAGAACGUGCAGGCCACAGCUGUGAAACAGCUGUGAUAGUUGUACUCAUCUUGGUGUGGGAAGGAAUACCUCGGAGCCUAGCAGACAAGCUGUACUCUGAAUUGUCUGACACUUUAAGAAAGUAUGGCACACUCACAAACCGUCGGUGUGCACUCAAUGAAGAACGAACCUGUGCAUGUCAAGGUCUGGACCCUGAGACUUGUGGUGCUUCUUUUUCUUUUGGUUGUUCAUGGAGUAUGUACUACAAUGGAUGCAAAUUUGCCAGAAGCAAGAUCCCAAGAAAGUUUAAACUAUUAGGCGAUGAUCCAAAAGAGGAAGAGAAGCUAGAAUCCAAUCUGCAAACUUUGUCAACUCUGAUGGCACCCACUUACAAGAAACUGGCACCUGAUGCAUAUAGCAACCAGGUUGAAUAUGAACACAGAGCUCCUGAAUGUCGUCUGGGUUUAAAAGAAGGUCGCCCAUUCUCAGGGGUCACUGCCUGCCUGGAUUUUUGCGCUCAUGCUCACAGAGACCUGCAUAAUAUGCAGAAUGGUAGUACAUUGGUAUGCACACUAACCAGAGAAGACAAUCGUGAAAUUGGCCAAACACCAGAAGAUGAACAACUGCAUGUGCUUCCCUUGUAUAAAAUAUCCAACGUAGAUGAGUUUGGAAGCACAGAAGGUCAGGAAGAGAAAAAGCGGAAUGGUAGCAUCCAGGUUCUUAGUUCUUUUCGACGAAAAGUAAGAAUGCUGGCUGAGCCUGUAAAAACCUGCCGGCAAAAAAAGCUGGAAGCCAAGAAAGCAGCCACAGAGAAGCUCGCCUCCAUGGAGAAUGGGCCUAACAAACACGAGAGAGAAAAAGCAGCCUCAGUACGUCAAAAACAGGUCAAUGCAGAAGCAUCAGCUCAUGCCAAGCAAUUAGCAGAUCUUUUGCAUCUUUCAGGACCAGCUAUGUCGCAACAGCAACUUUAUCAACAUCCAUGCCAGGCUGUCCCUUCUAAACCUCAGUCAAAUCAUGGCAACUCAUACUCUGCUUCUGAUCCUACCAAUCUCUAUAUGAGUCUGUCAAAUCCAGCUAAUUCAUAUUCAAACUCUACACAUCCUUCUGAUCCUUAUGGAGGAUCCAAUCCAAUGAAUAUCUACCAAACUUCAUCACAACCUACAGGAACUUAUUUGAAUUCUUCCAGUCUCAUGAAUCCCUAUUCUAUUCACUUAGGUCAAAAUAACCAGUAUCCCCAUUAUCCAUGCAAUGGAAGCUUAUCAAUAGACAAUUGUUCUUAUUACAGUUCCUAUUCUGCUCAGCCUCAGCAUAUGGACUUGUUUAGGUAUCAGAGCCAAGAUUCUCUGUCUAAACUAAGUCUACCUCCAAUUCAUACAUUGUAUCAGCAUAGGAUUGGAAAUAAUCAGAACUUUGGGCACAGGUACUUGAAUUAUGGAAACCAAAAUGUGCCAGUAGAUGCUUUCAAUAAUUGCACCUUUAGACCAAAUGUUCAUCAGGCAGGUUCUUUCCCACCUUACUCCCAGCAUGAGGCUGAUAACCCUUUUAUGGACAUCGCCUCCAGGCUGAAAUCUAAUCUAAAUAAUCCAGGUGUAGACUUCAUGAAUAAAAAUGGUGAUCAUCUGUAUCCCCCACCACACCUUGCCCAUGACUAUCAUGGCAUGUUCAAUGGCUCUUCUCAUUCACUCCAUCUCCAGAACAAGAACAGUCAAGCAGGUAAUGGGUUGUCAAACCUCUUUCCAGGUUUUAACCACAACAGAACUGCUUCCCAAGUAGGUGUAAAUAAAACAGAGGUGUUUAAUCCAGGGGAUCCUGACGAUGUCUGGUCAGACAAUGAGCAGAGUUUUCUGGAUCCAGAUAUAGGAGGUGUGGCAGUGGCCCCAUCCCAUGGAUCAAUUCUCAUAGAGUGUGCAAAACGUGAGCUCCAUGCUACAACCCCAUUGAAAAGUCCUAACAGGAAUCACCCUACAAGGAUAUCGCUUGUCUUCUACCAACACAAAAGUAUGAAUGAGCCAAAGCAUGGUCUGGCUUUGUGGGAGGCAAAAAUGGCUGAGAAGGCAAGAGAAAAAGAAGAGGACUGUGAAAAGUAUGGUCCAGAUUAUGUGCCUCAGAAAGUGCAUGGUAAAAAAGUAAAACGGGAGCCUGUUGAAUUAAAUGAGAACCUGGAACCAACCUAUUCACGAUUCUUCAGGUCCCUUGCACAAAGGACGAUGUCUCUUACCACAAAUUCCACAGUAACCACAUCUCCAUAUGCCUUUACACGGGUUACAGGGCCUUAUAACAGAUAUGUAUAAAAUCAAAUCUUUGUUCAUUACCUCAUCUUUAAAAAAAAAACUCAGUAAUUACUCCUUUUAGGUCAUAGACAGAUUCAGGGCAAGAUACAGUAUUUUUCUUUUUAACUUGUCAGUGGGGAAAUCUUCUCCAUACCAGCAAAAGAGGUAAUAUUACCACUGUAUACAUUUGGAGAGCGGUCACAAGUAACAAUUAGAAACGAAAACCAAAGUAUCCUAUGCAAAAUUAAUAAGACACAAUAACCGGUUAGGGCUGAAAUGCUGCUGUUGCUACUGGUAAAAAGAAUGACCAUAAUUUUUAAAAUUUUACAUCUGUGACCAUUUUCCCCAGAGCAGAUUAAGCAAGAGAGUGUUUUUUGUUUGAAUAAUAAAAACUCUGUAGUAUGUCUUUUGCAGAAAAGGUAAGAUUCUGCCAGGUGCUCAAUUGAUGAUACACUGAAAUGCUUACUGGAAAUGUAGCUUUUUAGCAUGGAACAUUUUGUUUGUUUUUUGUUUUGGCUGCAAUUUUAAUAUAGAUUGAUAAUAAUCAGGAUAGCUAUGCUUAUAACAAAAGAUACAAAGCAAAACACUGAAUUUGUUUUAGCUAUUCUAAAACAUGGUGCUAUAUACAAAAAUGGUGUCUACUGCAGCAUUUGAACAGUUCUAAUGCCUUUUAUUAGCACUGGAUAGGUUAAAAACAGAUCUUGCUCCCUUUAAACUGUAAACAAGAUCUUUACAUUUGUGUUGGUAUCCAGUUAGCCUGAUUUUUAUUAAAAAAACAACUACAACUCAUUGUUUAAAGCAUGGGAAUCUUGAUGAAACAGUGAUUAUGGCAUGAUCCAACAAAGCUAACAUGUGAAUAAUGCAGGUGAAAUGUGCCAGCACCUAUUGGGAUAAUGAAAGCAGCAAAGGCAGCAUUUUCAACUAAGAAGCCCUCUGCCUUUUCAGCCAUAGAAGAACGAAUCCUCCACAUUUCCAUAGUUGAAUAGUGGAAUUGAUGGUAUCUUUCAAACAAAAAACCUUAACCAUCGGUUAGCAUUAAAGGAUGCAUCCUUUCUGGUCCACCUAUAGGAACGCUUGAAAUAUUAGGACCAUGUGUUAGGUGUACCCAUGACAUAGUUGCUAUAGAACACUUAUCUAUACAUGAAAUGCAACAUAAACUUCCCACUUAACUUUUUAAAAAAGAUUCAGAUGACACAGCAAGUCUGGAGAUGACUGGGCUCCAUUUUGCCUGUAUCUGGUUUAGCUUUACAUGAAUUAGCAAAAAUAAGCACAAGGAGGUUGGAAGAAUUUAAUUUCUUUUAACCCAGUUCUAGUUUAUCAUGUUCAAAUAUAGGACACUGUAGUUAGAUUAAGCCAUGACCUGUUAAUAACCCAGAACUGAACCAUAUUUUAUGAACCUGGUUUGUAAAAAAACAUAGUUUAGGCAAACUAGAAUUUCAUAAGAUGGGAUGUAAUUAUGAUCUCUGGUUAAAAAUACAGAAUGUAUACUUCUAGUCUUCCUGUGGUGACACAUUGGAGGAAGAGAAGGAUCUCAGAGAGUUCCUUCUACUCAUUAAUGUCAGGUUAAACUAUGGCUUACUGUUGUAUCUGCAAUGGAUCAUUUAGUUAAUAAGUCAGUAAAUUAGCAGUUGUAACUUUGUUGUGUAUGAUCCAGGUGGCUUGUUUGAUAGUACACUUGUUGUUUGCAUUUUCUCAGUGCCUAAAUCACAUUUGUUGCAACCCAGAAAAUCAUUACUAAACACAGUUAUCCUAGUCAGUCAACUAACCAGACCAGCAAUCUAGGUCUAAGUAUUUUCACUAUUCUUUCAGGUGAUCAGCUGCAAAUAGAACUUGUAACUGAGUAAGUGGUCUUUUCUUCCCACCUAAACCAAGACUUUUUAAUAUGGCAAGUACUCCUUCCACUGAACAGCAAUAUUCUUUUUCAAGGCUAAUUCAGCUGGAACGCAGAUCAAAGCCUCUUGAUAAUGCAGCUACUGAAAGAUGUUACAAUAGCAAGACUAAACGCUUUCCCAGUCUGCUCUACCAUUUCGAAAAAUAUUUUCCUGGUGACUUAAUUCCCCACAGAGUUGUAAAUCAGAAAAGAAACUGGUCUUCUUUUGUUUCAAUAAAGCUAUUUCAUAUCUAUUGUAUGAAAAUACAAAAUAUAUAGAUAGAAGAUAAGAUUAUUUUGAUUAUCAGGAAAAUCCAAAUAAGGCUUUAAUGCUGCAUUAAUUCUCAUUCUCCUACUUCUCCAUGCUAAAUAAGCUUUGUUGGAUCUCAUGGAAUUCAUUCCUUUGGCCAAGAUUUGAUUAAGAGCAGCAAACAAUAGAAAAUGUUUUGUGAAUGGUGCUUGAAAAACACUUUAGGCUGCCACUGAUAAACAUUAUCCAGGUGCUAAAACUUUCCAGAUAUUUACUGUAAUAUUCAAAUAAGCCUUUAUAAGCAAUAAUAAUGUAUUAAAUGUAUAUACUACCCAGAGUCACUGGGAGUCAGGCAGCAUAUACAUUUAAUAAAUUAUUAUCAUCAUCAUCAUCUUUUGAUAUUUGGGGCAAAUUCAUGUAAGGUGGAAAGGGUAGGAGGUAUUUGGAACUGCAAACAGCAGAGAAGGUGCUUAAGCCAGUUUCACUGACGGAACUGAAACCAUUGUUCAAACACUCGCUAAUGAAACAGAGAAAGAGUAAAUCCUUUAUUUACUCUGUUCAAACCAGAGCUAACUGGAUUAAAAAAGGAGUACAAGGUUCAUGUUUUGGUGCUCAUCUCACACAGGUGUAUUGUGAAUAUUAAUUUUGACUAUUUUGAUGAGAAGUUCUUUCCUCAAAUAGUACAUAUUUUAAGUUUUUAAUAUAUUAGUCACAGAGAAUUAACAACAUGGGUUAAACUUGACAAUUUUGUCAUAUGAUUUUAAGCUACUUUUUAAGGAUCCGUAACACUCUCCAGAUGGUGGUUACUGCUUUAUUUAAUAAUAAUGGAUUAUUUAUGUUAGAGUAUGUGACCCUGCUCAGUGGAAUGGGGCCCUAUUUUCUAGGAAAUGUUGAGAAGAGUCAAGGCAAACAAAUACAGGGUUGUUCUGUAGGAGGUCAGGGGUUUGGGAAGAAUACAGAGGAGGCAGCUGGCUUGCUGUGAUGGUUUUUAAUUUAGUAAUUUGUAUAAAAGUGUAAGCAAAAGAGAUGUAUAGUAACUUGUAAACAAUUUUAAUGCAAUGCUUUAGUAUUUUAAUACUGUACAAAUAUAUAAAUAUAUAUAUUAUAUAUAUAUAUAUAUAUUAUAUCAAUAUAUCUCUCUCUAUAUAUGGGUUUGGAACUGAAUUCACAUCAUGGUGCUAUGUGGCCUGAUAUUAAAAAAAUGUGUGCUAAAACUAUGUUGAAAUUAUGUUUCAGUGAUGUUCCUACUUGUCAUAUACCUCAACACUAGUUGGCAGUAGGAUAUUAAAUGGAGAGAUAUAACAUAUCAUGUUCCCCUGACUUUCUGCCCUGCUAAUAUUUGGGAAAAAGAAAUUCUCACUACUUGAUAGCAAGUGUAACUUGAACUUUAACAUAUAGUUUUGUUCUAAAAAUUCAGGGAUAUAUCCUCUCACAAUUUCCUUGGUAAGCAAAUGUUUCAUCUGUGUAUGUGUAUGUAAAAUUUUAUUGUACAGAUUGAUAAAUCUUAUCAUUGAGGCUUUUUUUUAAAAUACUACUUUGUUUUUGAGAAUUUCAACUGUUUUUUUAAAUUCUGCUUCUAAUUUUACUUGUAAAUUUAUUGAUGGCAAAUUUUGUGGGGUAAAUCCAUUUCCUCUUUUUUAUGACAAUGCAAGUGCAUUUUUAUUGUAAACUCUGCUUGGGGUUUCUUAUUCUUUUCCCCCUUUUGCAUGUUACAUACAAAAUAAACUAUAGAUUGCACUGAGCUGGCAAGAGGACAAUUAUAAAAGUAGGUGUUUGGCAGUUGACCAUUUGCAAGGAGGUUGUGGCUUUUCCAAAUUCUAUAAAUAUGUGUUCAACUCUGAUUGCUGUUUUAUUUCAUGAACUUUCAGGCAGGAGUUUAGGGAUCAGAGAGAUUCAUCGAGGAAAAGACUGCAAGUGGCUACCAGUCAUAAAAGCUAUAGACUAUCUUUAGGGUUGGAGACAUAUCUCUGAAUAUUAGUUGUUGAGAAACAACAGCAGGGGAAAAAAGUAUAGUAUUUGUAUUCUGCAUGCAAUAUUUUGCGUCUGGUUGGCUACUGUGAGAAACAGCAUGCUGGACUUGAUAACUGUUGGUCCAGCCCAGUUAGACUUACAUUAGGCAUAUACUGUGCAUUUAUAAAGUAUGGCAGUGCAAUAUAUAUAUACGUAUGUAUGUAUGUAAAGGCCCUGAUUCUGAAACAAGUUACUCAUAUUUUUUCACUCAGUAUCGGGGGUAUAUGGGCAUACCAUGUCUGGGCUGCAGAAAUCAGAAUCAUCACUACAUGGCAACAAGAGGUUUUCUGCAUCUCCUUGUUUCCAUCUAGUGACUUGGUCAUCCAGCUGCAGUAUGCCUAGGGGAACCUGGUGCCCUCUGGAUGUUGCUGAGCUUCCAAAGCAGUUGUAGUUCAGCAAAAUCUGGAGAUGUUCCUCACCCUUGUUUUACACAAUCAGUUUCCCAUUGGUAUCAGAAGAAUUAUCAAGCUGCAUUAGGAGUAACCUUUGCAGGACCAGUGCCUUGUCUGUGUUUUUUUCUUUAAUUGAGUUUUAUCUAAUUAUAAUUCUUAAUUGAGAAUGUCAUGAUCAAGCAUAUGCAAUGCUACAGCUACACAGGCUCACUGCUCUCACUUUAAAUAUAUGAGCUUAAUUAUACUUUACACAACCACCCAAACUGGAGCUCUGAUGUGCAUAUAGAUGCCUUGGUAUAGGCAAGGCUGUUACAUUUUGAGAUAGUCUCCAUGAUGAUACCUUCUCACCUUGAAUAAAUCAGAAUCAGUGACUCUCUGUUGGCCUCUGUUGUAUAAAUGUAUAAACACUGUUGGAUUGGAGCACUUGUCUAUCAGGUUAAAUGAAGCUUUCCUUUCAUUAGUUAUUCUUUACAUGGGUUACCUGGCUUAAAACAAUGUUGAUUAACCAGAUUGGACGCCCAGACAACAAUACAGGUAGUCCUUGCUUACCAACUGCCUUGUUUAGUGACCAUUUGAAAUUGCAACAGUUGAAAAAAAAAAAACUUUGCAACCAAUCCUCACAUGUAUGGCCAUCACAGUGUCCUGCGGCCAUGUGAUCACCAUUUGGGCACUUCACAACCAGUGUGCCUUAACUACUGUCGCAGCAUCCUGUAGUCACACGAUUGCCAUUUUGCAAGCUUCACAACUGGCUUCCAACAAGCAGAAUUAAUGGGGAACACAGAAGUGAAAUCGCAAGCGAUGGUCACGCGUUGUCUCACUUAACAACCACAGUAAUUCACUUAACGAUGGAUGCUAAAGUGAGGUUGUAAGUCUGGCAUGGUCCCAUGAUUUUUCAUUUAGUGACCACAGCACUUAGUGACAGAGUUACCAGUCCCAACUGAGGUUGGUAAUCAAGGACUACCAGUACAUGAUAGGCAGCUUUGCUAUUUUUCCUACCUUGUACAAAAGAGUUUACAAUUGGUAAAUUUAUUAUUGGUAGGUUCUACAUCAUUUCUCAUUCAUCGGCAUGUCAAGAUUGCAUAAGUGGAAGUACAUUGUUGGAUUUAGCUUAAUUUUUCUUAUGCAGUGGUCUGCGGCAAGUACAGUGCAGCCUGUCUAUGCCCUUUCCAUAUGUAGAAGGACAUCUUUGUGUUGAACCCUCUUCCCUUGCCAAAUUGCUCGUAAACAGAAGACAACUUAGUUGAGGAUGGAGAUGUCAAGAGUGGGGUGGAGAAAUGCAUCUUGUAAAUAAAAGUUGUGAUAUUAAUGUAUAAAACCUUGCCUAAGAGUGAGACAGACAAAGCAAAUACAAAAUUGCUUGUAUAGGAUUAUCAGGUUGAUUAUAGCCAUACUUGAAAUGUUUCUGAGUGGUGUCAACUUUACUUGAAUGAUUGCUUUCUUCAACUUGAUUAAUGUGCAGCAGCAUUAAAGUUCACUAUUAAACAUAGUGGCUAUCUUUCAUAUAGAAACUCCAACAGUUUGACACUAAGAUUAUUGACUUUUUUAAUGUGUGCAUUUCUAAGUUUAUGUUCUGCUGUUUGGGUGUUUUUUUUACUCUCACUCAUUUUUCAAAAUUUUAUUUUGUCCAUAAAAAAUCUGAGAAUGGUUAUAAAUACUGUAAGUAUUGUAAUGUAAUGAAUGCAGGUUAUUUGAAAAGCUGUUUUAUUAUAUCAUUCCUGAUAAUGCUGAAAUGUGGGUGUUUUUAAUAAAAUUUAUAUUUAUUUAAUGCA